AUGCCAUCCAAGGGAUCUACCACAGCUUCUCCUCCUACCCCCGCCUCUACACCUCGCAGUUCCUCAGAAUCGAGCAUUGAACGCCUGAAAGCCAUCCUUCAGACGGCGAAGAAGCCAUCACCUACCGAUGCCAAACCAAGCCCGAAGAGCAAGGCCGUUACAAUGGAGGCCCGGGCUGUCUCGUUGCCUGCUACAACGCGUCGGAAAGGCGAUGCAUUUUUGUGA